AUGGGCAUCGCACCGGCAGAGCAGUCCAGGCUGGUUGCCUUGGCGCUGGCUGCGUUGGAACGGGGCCUCCCUGCCCUUCCUGCCGCUGACCUGGCAGGCGCCGAGAAGGCGUCCCUCGCUUGCACAUGCCAUGCAGUGCUCACUGGCGCAGCCAGGGUAGUGGCCCAGGCCUGGCUGGGGUACCUGCCGUUCAAUCUGGCCGGCGGCACCGAGGCCUGCAAUGGAGAGGCAGGCGGUGCGCAGGCCGGCGCCGUAGAACGGCGGCCCGACCCCAUCGCGGCGCGGCUGCAAGAGACUGCGCCCCUCUGCCACGCCGUCAUUCGCCUGCUGGGGAGCCAGAACGAGUGGGGGGAGGCGAGCGGGGCCGCGGGGCGGGAGGAAGCCCUGCUGUCGGCCGCGGGCCCCGGUUUGGGCCGGGCCGCGGCCUUGACGCAGCUGGAGGCCGGAGGCCGGGCCGCCCCGAGGGGUUGGAGCGCGGACACUCACGGGCGCGGGCCCUCCCCUGCCAUUGUCUCCCUGGCGCCCUCCGUCCUGCAGGACGCCGCGGUGACGGUGGCCGAGGCGGUGGCGGCGGCCUACCUCGCCGACCUGGCCUCCACUCGCGCGCUGCAGCGCUUUCUGAACCAGGUGGCGCUGGCGUGCUGGGUGGAGGCCCAGUACCACAGCGUGCAGUGCAUGCUGGAGGACAGGCUUGUGCUGCGCACGCUGGGGCCGGGCGGGAGCGUGCAGGAGCGGCGCGUGCCAUACCGCCGCGGCGCCGAGCUGGACGCGCUGACGGGGACGCGCUUUGCCCUGAGCCUGCUCCUGGAGGCGCUAGACGUGGGCCUGCCGCUCGGCCGCCGUGCGGCAGCUGCGGCCGGCCGGGCGCUGUCCUGGAUCCUGGUGGACCUGGUAGGCGCCGGCGAGUGA